UUUUCCGAAAUUCGGUGGGUCGAUCGAAAGCACGACCUCGUAUAUAAGCUUAAAAUUAGUUUGGAAGUCAGUUUAGUUGGGUGUAACAUUUCGUUGGAUCACCUAAGUGCAAAACUCACAAAAAAAUGUCUUUGGAACGUCAAGUCCAGGCUAAGCUUGCCGCUAAACGCAGUCCCCAACAAGACAAAGAAGCCCAAGAAUGGGUUGAAGCCAUCUUGGGAGCUAAAUUCCCCCCUGGUCAACUCUAUGAAGAUGUUAUCAAGGACGGUACCAUUCUCUGCCAAGUCAUCAACAAACUCGCCCCCGGAUCCGUUCCCAAAAUCAACACAUCUGGAGGCCAAUUCAAAUUCAUGGAAAACAUCAACAACUUCCAAGCUGCUAUUAAGAAAUACGGCGUUGCUGACGUUGACGUUUUCCAAACUGUUGACUUGUGGGAAAAGAAAGACAUUGCCCAGGUGACCAACACCCUCUUCGCCCUUGGACGUGCCACCUACAAACACCCAGAAUGGCCCGGCCCAUACCUAGGACCCAAACCAGCUGACGAGAACAAACGUGACUUCUCUGAGGAACAAUUGAAGGCCGGCCAAACCAUCAUCGGUCUUCAAGCUGGCCAAAACAAGGGUGCCACCCAAGCCGGACAGAACAUCGGUGCUGGCCGCAAAAUCAUCAUCGGAAAGUAAAUUUUCCGAAAAAUUACGUUUUAUUUAUGGUUUUAAUUUGGUGUCGGAGGAGGGAGAAGGAAGUGUAUUAACUUCGUUUUGUACCUUUUUAUUUAUGAAUAUAUUAUGUAACACUUAAAAA